CGUUUUGGACACUGGUGAAUCCCGCUGUUGCGUCUGCCAUUUGCGAACUUGGAAAAACUGCUUUCCCAGGGUGUAUUUUAAAGUAGGCAAACAACGUAUUGUUUAGACGCAUGGUGGUUGCGUCUAAACAACACAUUGGUUACACAUUUUGAUGUAUUUGUACACGAGUGUGGAAAUAUAGUGAGGAAGAUUGAUAAUUAUUGACCUCUGUCCUGGUGCUUAUCAUAAAAAAUCACCUGGGGGCGUUUACCUUUGGAACAGGAGAAUGCAAAGACUGCAGGUUUUGAAGGAAGCUUUCCUAGGCUUGGACGCUGUCCAUCAGAGGCUUCUGAUAGGAACAGCUGUGGCAGCAGGGGGAGCACUGGCAUACAUAGUGCACAAAAGAAGAGAGGUCAAAAGUAUUCCUCUUGGUGAGGGAUGGUGGGGUGCAGGGGAGAAGCCACUGUCAGAGGAUGAUAAAAUAUAUACCUUUGAAGUGCAAACCUCAGAUGAAGACAUUAAGGACCUCCAUGAGCGAAUCGACAGAACCCGCUACACUGAUCCCUUAGAAGAUAGUGGCUUUCAUUAUGGAUUCAACUCCACUUAUCUCAAGAAAGUGGUUUCCUAUUGGAGACAUCAGUUUGACUGGAAAAAGCAGGUGGCAGUGCUUAACAAGUAUCCCCACUUCAAAACUAAAAUUGAAGGACUGGAUGUACAUUUCAUCCAUGUGCGGCCACCACAUCGUGAGAAUCAGACGGUUCUGCCUCUUAUGCUUGUUCACGGCUGGCCUGGCUCCUUCUUUGAGUUCUACAGGAUUCUGCCACUUCUCACUGAGAACCAGGAUGGUGUUGUGUUUGAGGUCAUAUGCCCAUCUAUACCUGGCUACGGUUUCUCAGAAGCCCCUCAUAAACAAGGAUUUGACAGUCUUGCCGCCGCCAGAGUAUUCCUGACACUGAUGGAGCGUUUAGGGUUCUCCCAGUUUUAUCUUCAGGGAGGAGACUGGGGCUCCCUCAUCACCACCAACAUGGCACAGAUGAAACCUCAGUGUGUCAAAGGUCUCCACUUAAACAUGCUUGGCCAUGUUAAUGGAUUCAAGGUGUUGCUGUCCCUCCUGAUUGGUCCUUAUCUGCCCUUCUUGGUGGGCUUCAGUAAAGAAGAUGUCCGCCGAUUGUUCCCUUUCUUUGAGAAGAAUGUCUGGGAUAUCCUGAGGGAAACAGGCUACCUCCACAUUCAGGGCACUAAACCUGACACUGCAGGCUGUGGAGUGAAUGACUCCCCUGUGGGCUUGGCUGCCUACAUUCUGGAGAAGUUCUCCACCUGGACCAAUCGGAUGAACAGAGACCUGGCAGAUGGUGGGCUGGAGAGAAAAUUCAGCCUUGACGACCUCUUGACGAAUGUCAUGAUCUACUGGACUACAGGCUCCAUAGUGUCCUCCAUGCGCUUCUACAAAGAGAACUUGAAGAGUAAUAUUGAAAACAGAGUGGACUCGAGGGUAGGGAUAUUUGUGCCCACUGGAAUGGCCGCCUUCCCUGCGGAGCUGAUGCACGUCCCUCAUUCGUGGGCAAAAACUAGGUUUCGAAACAUCUACUCCUACACUUUAAUGCCUCAAGGGGGUCACUUUGCUGCCUUUGAGGAGCCCCAGCUGCUGGCCAACGAUUUUGUCCAGUUUGUAAAAAAGGUGGAGAAAUUCUGAACCUGUUGAUGCACUCAGACCAAUGUAAUUAUGGUACAUCUGUUCUUUAUUAUUGCUGUUGUGUUAGAUUUUGAUCAUUCCAAAUGAGACCCAUACGCACAUCCUUGUAAGUAAAUUGUUUCUAACACUAUAAUGCCUCAUUGCUUGAUCUGUGUAGAAAACUGCAGAACUGUUGAAAUCAUAUCCAGGUUUUAAUAAAUGUAAACAUACACAGAUGAUACAGGCACGUCAAUGUGCCUGAGGAUUGGUUUA